AUGUUACAAAACCUGCCCGAGAGAGAUGCAGCCGACAUCUUUCACCGCAUUCGAGCAGGUGCAAACGCAGAAGCUGUGAUAAGACACAUUCAAGAUGGAAGUUUGAUCAUGGAGCUUUCUCAUGUUCCACAAACGUCCUCGCGCUUUCACUUUCCGUACAUGGACAAGAUACCGGCAAGCCUUCAAGACAGUACUUACUUCCAGUCGCUUGUCUAUGAAGCAAUCGAAGCGUCCGAUUACGAUAGAAGUACCUCGCAAACACACGUAGCUCUGCAAAAGAGUAAUUACGCAAGGUCUUUAUCUACGGCUAGGAUGGUUGACAAUCUACUCGAAGAUGCACAACCUUCGCAUUGGACCAGUGUUAGUUCUAACGAUCGACUGCUGCGCAACAUCAUCGAAGGCUACUUCAUCAAUCAGUAUCCACGGCAUUUCUUUUUUCACAAAGCUUAUUUUCUGGAAGACUUGGUAUCAAGAAGAUCCGAGUUUUGCUCUCAUUUACUUGUCAAUGCUCUUUUGGCUAAAGCUUGUGCCAGCUCUCGAGUGCUCAGUAAUCGCACCAGGUUCUGGAAUCCAGACAGUCUGCCAUAUCGAUUCUUAGCAGAAGCAAAACGACUGUGGGAAUUAGAGGACGGAGCGCCCAAACUUACCACUGUUCAAGCUGGUUGUCUGAUCAAUGCUGCAAUGAACGACUUCGGCCAUGACACCCUUGGGUUUUCUUAUAUGCUCAAAGCUCUCAGUAUGGCACAAAAAAUGAGACUUUUUGCACCCCGGGUGGAUCAUGACAAAUUUGAGCACGCCAAAUCUUUCACUGCAUGGGGGCUGUCUUCAUGGCUAUCAUUACAGAGUUACUACUACUUUAAGCCGCCGUGUCUUCUAGAUAUCCCAGCAGAUCCGCUUCCUGACGUCCACGGCAAGUCAGAGUGGUACGGGGAUAUAGUAUUAAAUUAUCCGGCAGAUGGAAACCAUUACAUGACUGACUUCGGUCACGGAAUGAAAGCUUUGAGCGAGUUGCGGGUGAUCCAAAACGAGAUUGGUGUGAUGUGCUUUAGUAUAUUUGAAGACUUGAAGAAGAUGCCAUGGGGCGCAGCUUUACACAUUCAAGCAAAACUGGAAACUUGGUAUCGCGGUUUGCCUACUCAACUCCAACCUCGGUGGAUUGUGCACCCUUCUCACCUGCUACUACAUUGCGAAUAUCAUGCUGUCUUGAUAACUCUGUUCAGAUCUCAGAUAUAUUCUGAAGAUGGAGGUGCACGGUCAUUGACGCAAAACCAACUCAACAAGGCACAACAGGUUGUCACAGAAGCCAGCGUUCACUUAGAAAGCAUCUUACGUAUAUACUACCUUCGCCAUAGCUUCGAAAGUUAUGACUUGACGCUCACAAUCUUCUUGGUCCACCUCGCCAACCUGACUCUAGAACCCAUCCGACAACUCGAGCAAGACCCAGCCAGUGAACGGAAAGAUACAAGCGAGGCACUUCUCUCGACACUCAUUCUAUGUUUUAACGGUCUGUAUGAGCAGUCAAAGAGUGCUUAUAUCGCUAUUGUCAUGCUCGCUCUCAUGAGAAAACAACUCAGUGCCGAGAUUCGGAAUACUGUCGGACGUUAUGUGACCAUACAAGAGCCGGACAGUGACACCGAGUCAAUAGACGAAACGAACUUUGAGUACUCACAGCCAGUCCUCUCAGAGCUCGUUCUUCCGGGUGCAAGUCUUAGCGAAGAUCCAAAGACGUGGAGAAUAAAGCAUUUGAUGGAUGAUUCAGGGAAGAUUUUAGCAUAGAUACAAGCCGAGACGCGACUAAUGCCAAG